AUGAGAAUUGCAAUAGUUUUUAAACUGCGAUGAGAUAGGAAACGUGCUGCUACUUCCUUCGUGGGCAACGAUUUUUCAUUGGUAGAAAGACUUUCACCGGUAUUUGUAGGCCGCAGGUGUGCCGUUAUACUUGUCUGCGGGGAGCGUGACUCAUUUGAAAAUAGUUAAUGCUGCGCGGCGUAUUUCAUAUCGCGUUUUAGUUAUUCUUGCAUCGCAUUCAAUAUCUUGUGUACAGGUGUAAAGCAUAAGCUUCUUUGAUGUAUACAGGUGUUAUGAAAGAGACAGAAAUUCCUCCAGAAACAGAUGACACAAUGGAUGAUUCAUCUUGUUAUUUAACUGUCAGGGAUGUCAUUGAUUUACUGCAUUCACGUUAUGUUAUCAUAACAGGUGGAAAAACUCGAGAAGGAUAUCCAAUUGUGACAUUUCCUGACACAGGGUCAUUUUGCAGCUUAUCUGAUGACGACUACAGAAAAUUGAUGGUGUACUUGACCAGUGUUCCAUCACCUUUUAUGAAAGGUGAUUGUAUUCAAUAUCCUUCGGAUAGAAGAUUGAUCUCAUCUAGAAUGCAAGACGCAGAUUUGGGAUUUGUUGUUAUUGUAGAUAGGAGAAAUGAUAAAUGGAGUUCAGUAAAGACUGUUUUACUGAAAAUAUCAGGAUAUUUUCCAGGAAAUGUCCAUGUUGUAUUUGUCUUGAGACCAUUAGGAUUCUUCCAGAAAGCUAUAUCUGAAGUCAGCAAUAAAUUUUUCAAGGAAGAAUUUAGAUUCAAGCUGGUCAUAUGUAGUUGUCUAGAAGAACUUCAUGAACACAUCAACCCAACUUUAUUAACAGAGGAUCUUGGAGGAACAAUUCCAUAUAACCAUGAAGAUUGGAUAGAACAAAGACUGGCAGUAGAAAAAUUUUCAAGUAACCUUCAAGAAAUUUCUCUUGCACUAAAAGAAAUGAAAAGAAGUUUAAGGGAAACAGAAUUACCUAAUGAUGUGGGUUCAACAAUGGCUCUGCUAGAAAAUCAAUGUGGAGAAUACAGAGAAUUAAAAGAUGAUAUUCGUAAUGCUUCAAAACAUGGAGAAAGUCUGUUAAAUUGCAUUCGUAGACCUUCCCUUGACAAUUACUUGGUAUUGGAUCGUUAUCCAGAUCGAUUAAUUAAUGUAUCAGCAGUAGAAAGGCUAUUGGAUCAAUUAGAAGAUGUAGAAAAAGAUUUUGAUUUAUUCUGGACUGAACAUGAAAGGAAACUUAGUCAGUGCCUUGAACUUAGAAAAUUUGAACAUGAAUUUAAAGAGCUUCAAGUGGCUCUUGCUAGUAGUAUGAGAGAAUUAUGUGAUAUGCCAGAAACUGGAGAAACAGUUGCACAAGUGGAGAGUAUUUUAGCUGAUUUAGAAAUAUUUCAACUUCAAACUGAGGAGGAAUUAGAAAAGGCUGAAAGUCUUCAGAAAAUGGGAAAGGAAUUAAUAAUUGCUAAUCAUUAUGCUGUUGAUUCAAUUGCUCCAAAAUGUGUAGAAUUAGAAAGGAUGGUCUGCAACAUUCGUCAGAAAGUAUCUCGACAAUUUGAAGUCCUUCAAAAACAUAAAGAUCUUCAAAAAAGAAUUGAAAAGGCUAAUAAAUGGUGUGGAAAAGGUGUUGAUUUAUUAGCAAGCCAACAAAUAGAGAAAUAUUCAUCAUCAUCUGCAGCAGAAAUUGCAUUACAAGAAGUAGAAGAAUUUCUUGAUAGUUCAAAUGAGUUUCAUCUUAAUAGUCCAAGAGAAUUUCAUGCACUUUUUCAAAAUACCAUUACGCCAGAAUCAAGGGCAUUAGUCCAGCAGACAAAAUUUAAGAAAAAUGGUUGGCCUCACAAUAGGAAAAGGGAUCUGAUUCUUUUAUGUUCGCGAUUAGAUAAAUUGGAACAGCAACAUCAGUUACCUUUGGAUGACAUUGAUGAGUUAUACUCCUUUGCCUACGAUAGACAAGUUAAUGCUUCAAACAGAAGCAAUUUAAUGUUGUUUAAUCAUAGUAUUCCGCUCGAGUUGGAUUUGCGGGAUUAUAUUGUUAACUUAUUUUCUAAGGAAUUGGAUGUGACCGAUCUGUCGGGGCAUAAUAUUGUCGGUGUUUCCCGUUUGAGAGUAUGUUCGCGAUUAGAUAAAUUGGAACAGCAACAUCAGUUACCUUUGGACAACAUUGUAUGUUCGCGAUUAGAUAAAUUGGAACAGCAACAUCAGUUACCUUUGGAUGACAUUGAUGAGUUAUACUCCUUUGCCUACGAUAGACAAGUUAAUGCUUCAAACAGAAGCAAUUUAAUGUUGUUUAAUCAUAGUAUUCCGCUCGAGUUGGAUUUGCGGGAUUAUAUUGUUAACUUAUUUUCUAAGGAAUUGGAUGUGACUGAUCUGUCGGGGCAUAAUAUUGUCGGUGUUUCCCGUUUGAGAGCCCUUGUUGAAACCUGGAUGGUUUCAGUGGAUGGAGAUUUUCUUGCUAACUUUCUUCCAGUGAACUGGAGGUAUUUUAUGAUUCCAGCGGAAAAGCCACUGGGGCCGGGUAGACCCCAUGGUGGUAUUUUGUUCUUUUUUGAUGAAGUUAGAGAACGUUUCAAGUUAUUGGAAAUUUAUCCUGAUUUGAUGGUGAUUGGCUUAUCACUUUACUCGGUUCUCGAACCUAGAAAUAUCCUGGUGCUGGUGGGCCAAAGAGAGAGGAAAUAUUUAUGUAAUUAUGCUUUACAGAUGGCUGGGAUUAGAGACUCUNUUCCGCUCGAGUUGGAUUUGCGGGAUUAUAUUGUUAACUUAUUUUCUAAGGAAUUGGAUGUGACCGAUCUGUCGGGGCAUAAUAUUGUCGGUGUUUCCCGUUUGAGAGCCCUUGUUGAAACCUGGAUGGUUUCAGUGGAUGGAGAUUUUCUUGCUAACUUUCUUCCAGUGAACUGGAGGUAUUUUAUGAUUCCAGCGGAAAAGCCACUGGGGCCGGGUAGACCCCAUGGUGGUAUUUUGUUCUUUUUUGAUGAAGUUAGAGGACGUUUCAAGUUAUUGGAAAUUUAUCCUGAUUUGAUGGUGAUUGGCUUAUCACUUUACUCGGUUCUCGAACCUAGAAAUAUCCUGGUGCUGGUGGGCCAAAGAGAGAGGAAAUAUUUAUGUAAUUAUGCUUUACAGAUGGCUGGGAUUAGAGACUCUAAGACCUUUUGGUAUCGGAUAGGUCGUUUUCGUCGGGUCAGGAGCAUACUAGACCAAGAAAUUUCCUUGGCUGACUGGUUUAUUUAUUAUCAACAGUUAUUUAGUUUAAAUACAUCGAAUUUACCGUCGAUUCUGUCACUACCGAUGGCUUCUUUUGCUGUUGAUCCUAUUUUAGAUCUUCCUAUCUCUGAUACAGAGGUGAAUACAGCACUUCAAAAGAUGCAAAUUUGUUCUGCUCCCGGGGUGGAUAAUGUUUCACAGUCUUUAAUUGUUUACUCUAAGGAAACUUUGGUUCUUUACUUGGCCAAGUUAUUUAAUUGGGUUUAUGACACUGCUAGAAUUCCGAAUUCGUGGUUAGAGGUUAAGAUAAAAGUUAUCCAUAAAAAAGGUCCACUAGAUGAGCCCGCUAACUUUCGACCAAUAUCGCUGUUGCCUAUAGUUCAAAAAAUAUUUACCUCUAUUUUGGCAUAUAGAUUGGGUAUUUGGCUAAAAGAGAGGAAUUUGAUUCAACCAGUGCAAUUUGCUUUCCAGCCUCGUAAGAGUACUUUAAGUAAUAUUUUGAUUCUCCACUCCAUUAUUUGUAGACAACUAUCAAAGAAAAGACAAGACUAUCAAAGAAAAGACUUGCAGCGUUCAUUGACUAUGAGAAAGCCUUUGACACUGAAAAUUGAAGUGCGCCUCGGUCAAAAUGUCGCGGCAGAAGACUCCAAUUUUCUCCAUCCUCCUUCUGAAUCCUGGAGUUCUGAAUCUCGUUCCCCAUCACCCCGAAAUAAUAUCGAGAUCAUGAAGGAUAAAAGAGGUCAUGUAAUGACAGAACUGAUUGAAACAGAAAAAGCGUAUGUUUCAGAACUUACCAGCAUUAUUCAGGGAUACAAAUAUCAAAUGGAUAGCCCAGCAAUGAGAGAUCUCGUUCCAUCCGCUUUUUAUGGUAAAACUGAAGUUCUUUUUGGAAACAUAGAAGAUCUUUGCCAAUUUCAUAAAGAUGUCUUCCUACGAGAUUUACAACAAUACAGUAACACUCCUGAAUUGGUUGGAGGAUGCUUUGUUCAAAGGAGGGAGACUUUUCACAAACUCUAUAGUACAUACUGCUUAAAUAAACCUAAGUCAGAAGCACUCAGGAGACAAUGUGGUGAUGAUAAUCCAUUUUUUAAGGAAUGUCAAAAAAAUCUGGGUCAUAAAUUACCUUUAGGAGCUUAUUUGCUUAAACCAGUACAAAGGAUAACAAAAUACCAAUUAUUAUUAAAGGAUCUUUUGAAGUAUUCAGAAGAAGGACCUGGUCAAAAUGAAUUACAAGAAUCAGUAGAUGCCAUGCUAGGUGUUUUGAAAUAUGUUAAUGAUAGCAUGCACCAAAUAGCUAUUACUGGAUUUCAUGGUAGUCUUGCUGAUUAUGGAAAAUUGCUUCUACAAAGUUCAUUCAAUGUUUGGAUGGAAAGGAAGAAAAAAGAAAAAAUAAGAGAACUAAGAUUCAAACCAAGACAACGUUAUAUAUUUCUAUAUGAACAACUGGUUCUCUUUACUAAAAAAUAUGGACGAGAAGAUAAUCCAAGUUAUGCAUUCAAAAAUGCAUUGAAGACAUCACAAAUUGGAUUAACAGAGAAUGUACGUGGAUCACGAGGAGAUAGACGUAAAUUUGAAGUGUGGCUUCAUGGUAGAACUCAAGUAUUCAUCAUUCAAGCCCCAUCAUUAGAAAUAAAGGAAACAUGGGUUAAAGAAAUAAAGAAAGUACUUCUUCAACAAUUUGAAAAUCUUAAAGAUGCUAGUAUGAAACAGUAUUCAGAUAAAAUUCAAACACUGAGCUUAAUUAAUGGAGUAAAAAUAGAUUCACCUGUUGUGUUACAUAGCCGUCGACCGGAAUUGGGACGAAGAGCUAGUCUACCUUCACUACGACGCUAUCGCAAUGAAAACAUAAGUUCUGCUACCUAUUCUGAUAGUCAUGAUGACGGAUGGUCGACAGACGAAAUGUCACAGACAGAAGAUGAAGAUGAUGACAGUGAUAUUUUUGCAUAUACCACAGAAGUGGGGGGACGCUAUGUUGCUUUGGGUGAUUAUGAAGCAGUUGAUGUUGGAGAAGCCACUCUAAAAGAGGGAGAAGUGAUUCAAGUAGAAAAAGUUGGAUGCGCUGGAUGGUGGUAUGUUCGUGUUACAGGAACAGGAAACAGAGGAUGGGUUCCAGCCUCCUAUUUGGGACCAUUAAAUGGAAGAGGCCCAUCUUCACCAUCAUUAAGUAGUCAAGAUUCAGCAACUGGUGUGGUAUAUCCCAUUGCAAGCAUUGCGAGCAGUAUAUCCUGCCACGAUGGAACUACUGCAUAACACUUACCUUCCAUCAUGAUGCCAUUGCCAUUUAAACUGCCUUGGUGAAUUAAUUCAACAAGGAAAUGAAGCCUUAGAAAUUCUAGUCAAAGUGGGUUGAUUAAACUAUUCAACACUCAGCUCAGAAAAUAAAAUUUAGAACAAAUUUUAAAGCUGUAAAAAAAAAAUACUGAAACUAAAAUGUUUUUGAGUAAUUUCUUCAAUUUUUAUUCUUGUUUUAAUUCUUUAGAAACUAUUGAUGUGAUUUUGUUAAAAUUCUGUUUUUUUUUAUAAAACAAAAUUUCAUAAGAUUUUUAUAUGGGCAAAAAAUUUUAAUAAAUCCAUGAACUUAAUUGUUAAUACCAAUAUUUGACAUCGAUACAUUCAUAAUGUACUUCAUUGCAUUCUAUUUUAGUUACAAUGGCAACAAAUUAUUUGUUAACUUAAUUUAGGAUAAUAUAUUAUUACGAUACUAUGCAGAUUAUUAAAAUGUAACAGAAACUACGAAAGAUUUAACAUCAAUAUUGCUUAGAAUCAUUGAAAUCUUUUCAAUUUAAUAGCAAAGUGCAGUUCUAGUUGCAAAACAAACACAAUAAUGACCAAAUUACUGUUAUUUGAAAUUACCAAUGAUUAAUAUUUUGUCCUUGAUAUUCCUCUAUUGUAUUUUAAUGGAAGUUUUACUCAUCUUGACUCUCCCAUUUUGUGAAAUCUAGUACCUAUAAAGUAUAUUAUAUAUGUUGUAAUACUGUUGUUUCCCAUAGUUGUCAUCUAUUUUUAAUUUUGACAUUGAAUUUUCAUGGAAUUUUUUUAUUACCAUUACUCCCAGUGUGGCCUUUGCUUCAUGUAUAUAUAGUUAUCCUAGCAUUCAUGUUGUAUCGCAUUAACAGUUAUUUAAGCAAAAUCAGUCUUGAGAUUAAUAGUUACCAUUUGGCCCUUCAUUAGCUAGGCUUUUUCUCGUAGAAACGUCAGAACGAAUAACUGAGCUUUUGCAGUUUUUAAGAUUUUACAAUUUCAUCUACUAUACAACAGUUUUAAAAACUUCCAGUUUUUUUGUAAAACUUAUAUCCAGAUUAAUUUUGAGAGUUUUAGAAAGUUAAAAUAUAGAAAUUUUGCCUUUCCACAAUUUAAUGGCAUUCUUAAUGUCAAGAAAAUAUCUCACGUUAGCGAUAGUUUAAUGGCAUUAUACUCAAACUCAUGAACACAUAAUGGCACUUAUGCUUUGAUUACAGUAUGUAGUUUCAUCAUCAAUUAGCAAAUUGCAUAAUACUAAAUAUUCAAAAAAUGGAAAGGAUUUAGCACUUUUGUUUCUUGGCACUUAUAUGAUUUGACUAGUUUUAAAAAUUGUCAAAUAGAAAUUCCUAUCAUAGAAGCAUAGAUCAUUUGUCAAAAUUUAAUAUCUUUUAUGAUAUUGUGAAAAUCAUACAAGUAAAACAUCUGCAUUUAACCCUGCUAAACACAGCUACCAUUAGGUUUGAUAACAUAGAUGUAUUCCAGACUUCAAAGUAAUUCAACUGUUACAUAUUCAUGCCAAGUGGGUAUUUAUAUUUAAAAUAUGCACGACUAAUUCCUUUUUCUAUUCCACACUUUUUUAUGGUAGACAAAAUAAUUUCAUAAAAAUUUUUACAAUCGAUGACUGCCAUGUUAAGAAUAUGAGAGAUUUGUGUGGCACGAUAAAUUUAGUUAAAUAGAAAAAAAUAAAUAAAUUUAUGGUUUUUCAAAAUUUUUCAAGUCAUUCACCAAGCAGUCCUUAACUUUAACAGUGUCUUGUUUUUGCAUCUGCAAUCAAAAGAUAGCUAUAACUUCCAUGUGGAAAAUGCAAAUACAAAACUUGUCUCAUAGCUUUUAUGUCUUCUCCCUCUCUCCUCCCUUUUUUUCUCUUCUAUUUAUUCUCUUCUAUUAUAUUAUAGUUAUAAACUUAAUGAUAAUUUUGCAGUUUAAAAUCUCAGGGAAUCCAUCUAUUGAUAUCAUCAGUUUUAUGAAUUUGCACCUACAUUUGUUAUCUUUGUUAUAUUGCCGAGAAUAUAUUUUCAUCAUUUUCUUCCUCCCUGUAGCAAAGAAACAACGAUUUUUGUAGCAAUAAAUAAUAAGGCUUUGACAAAACAAAUUAUUUUAAAUUGCCAAGUAAUAAACAUGCAAGAGUCUAUAUGAUAUUUCAAUAUUGUAUUGUAAUUAUUAAUUGGUUGUAGCAAUAAUCUAUAUAUGUAUUUAUAUAUAUAGAUAUAUAUAAGUAUUGUAUAUGCA